GGCAUCGCUGGGACACGUUACAACAAACAAGUUGUGAACGGGUUAAGAGGCUGAACGUCCGCUGAGCUGCGUGCUGUGCAGGGCGGACGGUGUUCCGCCGUGUAGCCGACCCGACUGCAGAGACAUGCCCCCGCGUAGCAACAGGUCUGAGGAGCCAAGUGGCAACAUCAAACGAGUCCGUUGCGAUGCCGCCGCACAGCUGCGUUGAUCACGUUGCGGUCACGGCCCGCAGGACUGCACUCGGCCUCAUUGUGGGAACUCUGGAUACGGUGUUGGACUCCACAUCCAAAGUUGCUCCCUACCGCAUUCUGCACCACACACCAGACUCCCAAGUGUAUUGGUCCAUAGCAUGUGGUGUCAACAAAGAGGAGAUAGUUCAGCACUGGGAGUGGCUGCAGCAGACCAUCAUGAGGACGCUCUCGGUUUUUGACUCCAGCGAAGACAUCACCAGCUUUGUACAGGGCAAGAUUAGAGGUCUUAUUGCUGAGGAAGGGAAGACCUCUCUGGUGCUGGAGGAAGAUCCCGAGAAGUUCCGGGAAGCACUUCUGAAGUUUGAGAAGUGGUUUGAGCUGCCGCCAAAGGAAAAACUGGUGACAUAUUACUCAUGUAGCUACUGGAGAGGCAAAGUGCCCUGCCAGGGUUGGCUCUACCUCAGUACCAACUUCAUGUGCUUCUAUUCAUACCUGCUGGGAGCUGAGGUGAAACUGAUAAUCUCCUGGGAUGAAAUCUGGAAGCUGGAGAAAACCUCAAACGUGAUCCUGACUGAGAGCAUCCAUGUCUUGGUCCAUGGGGAGGAUCACUACUUCUCCAUGCUGAUGCACCUCAAUGAAACAUUUGUUAUCAUGGAACAGCUGGCUGACUACGCCAUCAAGCGCCUUUUUGAAAAAGAGUCCUUCCAGAGAGAGCCAGAGCUCUCCGACCCUCUGAAAAUUACCAAGAGAGGCUUGGAAGCUCAUGCAAAGAGUGAACAGUUCCGGACAUUUUUCCGGCUUCCCAAAGAGGAAAACCUGUUGGAGGUUCAUGAGAGCUUCCUGUGGGUGCCCUUCAGCCAUUUUAACACCCUUGGCAAGAUCUGUCUGUCUGAGGGCUACCUGUGUUUCGCCAGCCAAGAUGGAAGCCAAUGUCAUGUCAUCAUUCCAAUGCGGGAGGUUAUCAAUGUCGAGAAGCCGGACUCCGGCAACCGGGCUCUCACGGUGUGUGUGCGUGGAAAGCGAGCGCUGCGUUUCUCCGAGGUGCGAGACUACCAGCGGCUCGUCAACUCGAUCCGUAGCAGGUGUGGGAUUAGUGCCAGCCCCCAGCACUCUGCGUCGUCACAGGCCAUACGAGGCGAGUGCCAGUCGCUCAUCAAUCACUUUGACGACAACCCGGAGGACGUAACGCUCAUGGUGGGACAGAAGGGCAGCAGCAAGGCCGUGAGCACCGAGGCUCUCAUGACCGUCUUCCACCCCCAGGAUGUUGAAAACCUCGACCCCAAAAUGCUUAAAGAAAAGAUGAAGGAACAGUCGUGGAACAUCCAUUUCUCUGAAUAUGGACGCGGCACGAGUAUGUUCUUCACCAGGAAGACUCGAGACUUGAUUGUCCGUGGCGUUCCUGAGGCCUUGAGAGGAGAGCUGUGGAUGCUUUUUUCAGGAGCCGUUAACGACAUGGCCACUCAUCCCGGCUACUACAGCGAUCUGGUUGAACAGUCGCUGGGCACGAGUACUUUGGCUACGGAUGAGAUCGAGAGGGACCUGCACCGCUCUCUGCCAGAGCACCCCGCCUUUCAGAGCGACACAGGAAUCUCAGCUCUACGCAGAGUCCUGACUGCCUAUGCAUACAGGAACCCCAAAAUUGGCUACUGCCAGGCCAUGAACAUUCUCACCUCUGUUCUCCUGCUCUACGCCAAAGAAGAGGAGGCCUUCUGGCUCUUAGUGGCGGUCUGUGAGAGGAUGUUGCCGGAUUACUUUAACCGCCGGAUUAUUGGCGCUUUGGUCGACCAGGCGGUGUUUGAGGAUCUGAUUAGGGAAAAUCUCCCCCAGCUGGUGGAGCACAUGACAGACCUGAGUUUCUUCUCGUCCGUGUCCCUAUCCUGGUUCCUCACGCUCUUCAUCAGUGUGCUCCCCAUUGAGAGUGCGGUGAACGUGGUGGACUGUUUUUUCUACGACGGCAUAAAAGCCAUCCUGCAGCUCGGCCUGUCGGUGCUGGACUACAACAUGGGGGCUCUGAUCAGCUGCCACGACGAUGCAGAGGCCGUCACCAUCCUCAACAAAUUCUUCGACAGCGUGACAAACAAAGACAGUCCCCUGCCGUCAACAGUGCGGCAAGCUUCAGUGGGCAGUACCGAUAAGGCCUCGCACCUCAACGUGGAUAUCAGCGAACUGAUCCGAGAGGCCUACGAGAAAUAUGGAAAUAUCCGUUCAGAGGAUAUCGAGAGUUCACGGAAAAGAAACAAACUGUAUGUGAUCCAGACACUGGAGGAUACAACAAAACAGAAUGUGAUUCGGGUGGUGACCCAAGAAGUCCAAUUCAGUCCCUCCCAUCUUGAUGGGCUUUAUAACUUGUUCAAAAGGCAGCAUCUUCUGUGCUGCUACUGGACAAUGAAGAGUCCAGCUCUGCUCCACCAUGACCCCAGCCUGGCCUACUUGGAGCAGUACCAGUUGGGUUUCCAACAGUUCAGUGUGCUCUUCUCUCUGCUGGAGCCCUGGGCUUUCUGCACCGCCAAGAGCGGCGUCUCCCUCUGGGUCUUCCGCCUGAUCGACGAGAACCAGGACGGCCUCGUCAACUUUAAAGAGUUCUGCUAUGCCCUCGAUACCUUGUACAGCGGAUCGUUCACAAAUAAGCUGAAGUUCCUCUUCAAGCUGCACCUGCCACCCGCUUUCACAGGUAGUUCUUUGCACUUAAAGGAACAAAGAAUCCAGCACUUUAUCCCAGUGACUGAAGACUUGAGUAGACUCUCUGCUUUUGAUCUACCACAAGAUGGCGUGAUAAAGAAAAGCCCCGAAAGAGGUAGAGGAAAAGUGGACCUCCAGGCCUACCUGAAACAAUGGCAAAAUGAAAUACUUAAGAAAGAGGAAACUAUUAAAGACCUACCCCGAAUUAAUCAGACUCAGUUCAUCCAGUUCUCCAAGACCCUCUACAACAUAUUUCAUGGUGAUCCAGAGGAGGAGUCUCUGUACCGAGCCGUGACUCAUGUGACCAGUCUUCUCCUGAGGAUGGAGGAGGUGGGGCGGAGGCUGCAGGAGUCCAGCAGCCCGUCCGAGUCCACAAAACCCAGCGCUGCAGACGAGGAGGAGCCUUCAACGGAAGAAGCGUCCCCGACCCCGGAGAGCUCCGACGCCUCCCGCUCCCGCAACAGUCCGGCUGCAGGGACCGACCUCACCGAGAUGCAGUGGUCCUUUUCCUUCGAGCAGGUCCUCGCUUCUCUGCUCAACGAGCCGACCGUAGUCCGCUUCUUCGACCGGCCCGUCGACGUUCAGACUAAACUGGGACACGCGAGGGUUGCCCAGCUGAAGCUGAAGGCAAAUCAGUGAAAGGAUACAUUAGGGGAUUGAUACUUUUGCUUCGGACUCAAACCCACAAUGUCGCCAUGAAUUUCCUUCCUCCACUUGGAAAGGACAGCGGGUUAUUGGCGAGGGAGAAAGGUGGUACCGUAAAUAAAGGGGAGACAUCCAAUUUUAAAAUCUGGGCUUUAUGAAACAAACAAGGCACACAAUCUUAAAUUCACCGUCGACACCGUUGUUGCAGUCUCCUGACCGUCAACACAGUCAGUGCUUUUUCACGUUGGGCCUCGUUGUUUACUGCCGGCUGUCGUUCCUCAAAUCAUUAUGCAUUUUCAAGCUCUGGGAUGAAAUUCAUCUUCUUAUGUAGCGUCAGAUUCUUCAGAUUUUAAGGAAGUUUAGUGAAUUUUUAUUUUUUUCCCUAUAUGCCUUGGAGCAUCUCCAGUAUAGUUUUGUAUUUUCUGAGGGUUAUUCAAUGCUGUUCCCUGUGUUUAGAAACAUGAGAUUUUGUCGUGAUGCUGAAGUUUCUAAUCCAUGGGUAUCUUCACAUGUUUCCUCUUGGUGAUAAACGAUUCACUGUCGUGAUGCAAACUAGUGUGUCCUGUGACGUCAGCGACUCCCGUCCUUAGACGACGUUAAUGUUUUUCUCUAAACGUCAACCUAUUGUGAGAAACAGCAGCUUUCCAGUUAAUGACGCACAGAAUGAACCGAGUACAGUGAGUGAGAAGAAGCAGUAUUGUCUCUGCCCGCCAUAAAGAUGAUCUCAAUGAGGAUGUCUGAUGCGUUUUGUGCACGACAGAUUCAAUUAUGGUAUUAUGCAUUUGCAAUAACACUCGAGAGAGAAGGCCGUACUGCCACUCUCAACUGUCUCGACCCUCUAACAGCCGCACACGCUGUAUUGAGAACGUAGCAUGACUUGAUGUCGGACUGGAAGCUUUGGCCGGUAAAGGUCAAAUAAUUUGAAUGCCACAGUGCUGCUGCUGCUGCUGCUGCUACUGCUGCUGCUGCUGCUGUAUAUGUUGAAUGUUACGCUCUAGUAUAAGUGCAGCAUUUUGGACAGAGAGGUCAGUUCAAUAGUCAUCUGAUUAUUGUAUUUAUGAGACGUGUAGUACCAAUGUCAGAUAUGAGCUCGUCGCCUGUUGUGGACAACGUAAACCUUUUUGAAAGACAUUUCAUUUUAUUAAAACUCAGGGUGCAAUUUGUGUAAAAUAAAAGGGAGAAAAGGGAUAUUUUUGGGGAUUUGGGACAAAUAAAGUAUAUAACAGAGUUAUACAUGUCGUACACAUAUUUGUAACAUUAAAAUAUAGAGUAGCAGAGUUGCAUUGCUCGCCACAUUAUGCUAACUUUCAAUGAACAGAAACUAUAACCGCUCCCUACAGACAGUCGGUUCCUUUUUAUCUGUGUGUUUUCUUUUAUCUCCGUUAACCAUCUGCACAAAUGUCUGAGAUUCACACGUCCUCGAUGAGUGGGUUUCUCGGGCAGAUCUUACGGGCGUUGGAUUCCAUGAAAGGUUGUGACCGCUUCGGCUGCUGCUCGUCACCUCCAGGGGCCAAAUCCAGAGCUUUAUCUCUGCUUGCCGAUAGGAAACAGUGUUUUUAGAAGCUCUUUAAGUGCAAGUGCAAUUAUCUGUUUUUUAUUUAUUAUUAUUUUGCAAGUCGUGUUUCGGUAUGUUUUGUGGUUGUUUUUAUUUUUUUCAAUUCAGAUACGAGGACCAAUCUGAAAUGUGACUCAAUGUGUAAUCAUUGGGUUCAUUGAUAUCGAUCGUGGAAGUGAGUUGUACAUACUUUUUGAAAACUCAGUGGAACUGAAAAGGCACACCUGUCACUGUUUACAUGACUAAUGUAAUAAAUGUGUGUCAAAGUACACCCCGUAAUCGUUGAUACCUUGUCGCUGCUUGAAUCCAAAGCUCCGUAGAUCAAAUCCGUCCAGCACAUUAAGCCAUAAUGACGCUGACCUUAGAGCUUUAAAACAGCAACGCUAUUUCCAUCAUUUAAAACCAUAUGCUCUGAUGGUCCGACUAUUUCAAUACGCUGGUCCCCCGGUAGUUUCACGCUGCAUUUGUAACCUCUCCUGUCUCCACCACACAGCCGUAUGCAGUCCACCGUACAGCAGGAGGGACGAUGCUCCAGCGCCUGCAUUAGGAAACGGUUAAUUAAGUCUGCUGAGUUAAGUGUAGUCUUCAGCUUUUUUGGUCUGUAGCUUUUUGACAGUUUGUUCAGCAAAAUAUGUGAAGCACAUAUAUUUUGGUUUACCCUCUUGCUUAUGCUUUGGGUUUCUUUUCUUUCUUUGUUUUUCUCAAUUCAAAAAGGUAUCAGAAUAAAGAGUUAUGAUUCCAAAAUAAGGGUUUGGUCAUUCUGAUUGUUACCUGGGAUCUACACACACCAACCGUGAUUGAACUUGUGUCAUGUUAAUUGGGACUUGUUUAUUUGUGUACUAAGGUUCAUAAGAUUCUGCCUGUUGGGGUUACCUAUCAGUGAGUCAUGUUUGUCUAUAUGCAUAUACUAUAGAGAAAGUUAUGUCGGAUUUUAUUGUAUAAUAAAUACCGCAAUGGAUGAACAAGCAGA